AUGGCUGCUCAGUUCAGACAGUCAGCUCAACAGAAAGCCAGCAGCAGCAGCUCAGAGCAACAAGUUGCCAGACCAGGAGAAGUUCCCUGUGACGUCUGCACUGGAACCAAACUGAAGGGCCUGAAGUCCUGCCUGGUGUGUCUGGCCUCCUACUGUGAGACUCACCUGGAGCCUCAUCUGACAGCUUCACGUCUGAAAAGACAUCAGCUGAUCAACUCUGUGGAGAAACUGGAAGGCAGGAUGUGUACGAAGCACGAUAAACUGCUGGAGCUGUUCUGUAAGACCGACCAGACGUGUGUCUGCUUGCUCUGCACUGUUUUAGACCACAAGAGACAUGAUGUUGUUCCUCUGAAAGAAGAAUAUGAAGAUAAGAAGGCCGAGCUGGGGAAGACAGAGCAGCUGAUCCAGGAGAGACGACUGAAGAUUCAGGAGAUCAAACGCUCAGUGGAGCUCAGUAAGGAAGAUGCAGACAGAGAGAUAGCAGGUGGUGUUCAGGUCUUCACCGCUCUGAAGGAGUCUGUUGAGAGAAGCCAGGCUGAGCUCAUCGACACAAUCAGAGAGAAGCAGAGAAAGACAGAGAAACAGGCUGACGGCUUCAUCCAAGAGCUGGAACAGGAAAUCUCUAAGCUGAAGAAGAGAAGCUCUGAGCUGGAGCAGCUCUCACGCACUGAAGACAUCCACCUCCUCCAAAGCCUCCCGUCCCUGAACGCUGCUCCACCCACCAAGGACUGGACAGAAGUCAGCGUCCGUCCACCUUCAUAUGAGGGGACUGUGGUGAGAGCUGUGAAUCAGCUGGAGGAGACGCUCAGUAAACAGAUGAAGAAGCUGUUUGAGGCCGAGCUGAAGAGGGUCCAGCAGUACGCAGUGGCUGUGACACUCGAUCCUGAUACAGCAAAUCCCUGGCUCAUCCUGUCUGAUGAUGGAAAACAAGUUAAACAUGGUGAAGUUUUUACUACGAGGUUCAGGUUAAAGGGAAGAGAGUCAGUCAACAGGAAGGGACAAAUUACACUGAAUCCUCAGGAAGGUUACUGGACGAUAUGUUUGAGGAAUGAAAAUGAGUACAAAGCUGCUGCUGGCCCUGCAGUCCGUCUCUCUCUGAAGUCUCAGCCUGAGACGGUGGGGGUGUUUGUGGAUUAUGAGGAGGGUCUGGUCUCCUUUUAUGAGGCUGAUGCUGCAGCUCUGAUCUACUCCUUUACUGGCUGCUUCUUCACUGAGAAACUCUACCCGUUCUUCUGUCCCUAUCCUAAUACUGGGGGGAAAACUCCGCCCCUCUGA